CUUCCACAGACGACAGUACGUUCGCUUCUCGGCCACCGUCCUCACUGGUAUUGCAGACACCUUCCGCGGUCCAGACUGGCCUAUCCACUAACAAACAAAACGUCCUCCGCAGAGUCCCCUCAAAUCCGCAACUGCCCCGACGCGUUGCCAGCUCCGCCAAGGCCGUGAAGGAUCGGUGUGGUGAAGCUGGCGUAGACGGCGAUGCUGGUGAGGAGGCUUGCGGCUUUACUGAUUCAUCUUUGUCCGGAAGUGACUCAGAGGGAGAAGCGCAGGAGGGCCAACAGGAACUCGCCUGGUAUGUCAUCUACGAGGGUCGGGCCAAGGAAGUGACAGUCUGUAAUCUGACGCCAGGUUUGACCCUGCAAUUC